UUGUCUCCAUUGCCAAUCUCUUUCCUUCAGGUAUCGGACUGCCUGGUGUCAUUAUCUACGUGGACGCCAAGCGUCUCUCAUAGCAUUGAAUUGCGCCACCCCCUGCCUUUGUGCAGAAGAAAGACAUCCUGGGUGCACUGGACCUUCAUACCGAACGACGGACUUGCAAUAGGAAGCUUAAAGACGGUGUCAAGGAAUAUAAUCUCCUGGAUACUGUUGCUGUUCUCCUCCUCUCUCUCUCUCAUGUUCGCGCACGAUACCGUACGGACAAUCUCGGUUGACGUACGGACGUUAUCGAGUCAAGGACAAAACCUCAAUAGCGUUAAAUCUCGACUGCUUGCCUGUCAAGAGAUUAAGAGUGUCAUAGGGAUGCCAUACUGUCCCCAGAAUGCAAGAAGGGUGCAUGGAAGUAUGUCCCUGCGCCACACAAGGUUGUUUGUCGGACACUCAAAAGUUUUGCGAAGUCUUGAAGCUUCUGAGCAUGUCGAGGACUCGGAAGCGGACAAAUGGUACGAAAUAAUGGGUAUUACUAUGGAUGAGAUUGCUGUCGCCAAGCUAACGUUCCCAGACAGGAAGUGAAGUAUAUACGUUCUGAAUCGUCUUUUAUUCAGGAAACGGAAUUCAAAGUGGGAUACAGAGCAAAUAAAGUCACGAGAAAUAUUUUCAAGAGAUACUCAGCCACAAGCUCGUAAAAUACCGUUCUGUCGCUAAAAGGCUUGGAACAAAAAUUCUACCAAUAGCAUAUUUGCGCAGAGGGAGCUCAAAUUGC